AUGGCUAGGAAGAAAAUUAAUGAGAAAACUGUAAAAGAGACUGCUAAGAAGAAGAAGAAGAGUGCAAGUGGUCAGUAUCGUAGAGCUGUAGCUAAAAAGAAGAGAAGUGAAAAAAAUUACAGUGUUGAAACUCUUCAAGCUGCUCUCAAUGCAAUGGGCGAAGGGCUGACUCUCCGUCAAGCUGCUCACAGUUUUGGAGUACCAAAGAGUACUCUUUUUUUAAAAUCAAAGUAUAACUCACCAUUUGAGUGUAGGAAGGGACCAAAAACUGUGUUGAGUGCGGAAGAAGACAAUGAAAUUGCAAGUUGGAUAGUGUUCAGUGCACAUAGUGGUUUUCCUGUGAAUAAAACAAGACUCCUUGACUGCGUACAAAAAUAUUUCAAUAAUAACAAAGCUAAGAGUCCUUUCAAGAACAAUCGUCCUGGGCAACACUGGUAUCGAGCUUUUAUGAAGAGACAUCCAAAUCUGAGUACCAGAAUAGCACAAAAUCUGACUUCUACCAGAGCAGCCGUCACUGAAAACCACACCGAGUAUUCAACUUGGACGAGUCUGCUUGUUCCUAAGGACAACAAAGUGAUAACAGAGAAAGUUAAGGCUCCAUAUCAAAUAGUGUCCGGUAACGAGAAAGCCAGUUUAACAAUAUUAUUUACUGUUGCUGCUUCUGGAGUAAUGCCACCUCCCAUGAUUUUAUUUGAUCUGAAAACGUCGCCAAAGAAGAAUGUUUUGGACCAAAUACCAAAAGGCUGGGGAGUAGGAAACACGGAACGUGGCUGGAUGACAGGUGAAAGCUUUUACAGUUAUAUAAGUAAUGUAUUUUACAAAUGGCUACAAGAGAACAAUUACGUGUUUCCUAUCAUCUUAUAUGUAGACGGACAUAGCUCACAUAUGACGCUACCACUACUUAAGUUCUGCAAAGAGCAUCUUAUAGAACUAGUAGUACUUUAUCCAAAUGCCACACACAUCAUACAACCAUUAGAUGUUGCUGUCUUCCAUCCACUGAAGGAUUCUUAUAGAAAAGUGUUACGUCAAUGGAGAAUCGACAAUAAUGUUGUUGAUGUUAAGAAACAUAUGUUUGCUCCAGUUUUAAAAAUGGCCUUGGAAUCGUAUGAUCUCACUGACGCUGUUAAAAAUGGUUUUAGAGCCUGUGGCUUAUAUCCAUUCAACGCUGAUGCAGUUAACUAUAAUGUUUUAAGCAAGAAGAGUAAGAAGAAAGACGCAAGCAUUAAUCUACAUUCAACCAACAAUUCAGAUCAAGACAGUAUCAUAAAGAAUACAGAACUUUUAGCUAUGUUUGAAAAAUAUGUCAUUUCUCCGGAUAUCAUAGAGUCUUUCAAACAAGCUGAAUCAGAAAACAAAUGGAAUGGUGAUGUGAAAUAUGUGGCAUUAUAUGAAUCUUGGCUUAAGCUGAAAAAACUAUGUAAUGGUGAGUAA